AUGGACUCCCUGCUGCUAGGAAAUGAUAAGACCCCACCUACAGCUACCUCACCGCCCAUAGUCACAUCCCCUUCCAAUAUGGUUACCCCAACCCCAGCCGGUAGAACCACAAGAGGCAUUAACCUCUCCCCUGACGUACUUCUGGUACCACCCCCACCCCCUGAACCCGCCUUGCACAUUAUCAUGUCCCCCCAUAGUGACCUCGCACAGUCAAUACAUGCCCCAAAAAGCCUGCCCGACAACCACCAAAUGAGCGCCCCGCCAUCCCCCUCCCCUACCUACACCCCAAACAAGGAGGAAAGAGCCAUUCUAGGCCAUUUAGCCUUUGCUGAAAAGAACUGCUCAAUGGUCCGGCAUGAUGGCCCCCACCAGUGCACCACACUCCCUCAGUUCACGCCAAUGCCAAUAGGCGGCUUCCCACACACCCACAUGUCACACUCAGCCCAGAUCUUCAACCAUCUAGACAACCGAGUACUGCUUGCUUGGUUCCAAGUCCCCCACCCCAAACUCGUAGUACAAGUCUUUGACCACACCGGUAAGGACGUAGCCGAAAAGGCGGUGAUUCUAGCUGAACGCAUCCGCACAAAAGUGGGCAUUGUCGCGAACUUCGUACACCAAGACGCUCAACCAGUAUGCAUCUCCCCGCCACAACCCCAAGGCAGGAAAGAGAGUAAGGAACUACCCAUCGGAUUCCUAGUCCACAACAUAUCAGAAGAGACGAAGGACCUCCUCCUCGAGAAGCGCAUAUGGUCAGCCAAUAUAUGGGCCUCCGACGAGACUAGAGCUGAGAUUAAUGAUAUUAUCUCCAUGAGCGAGAUCGAUGACAAAGAAAAGGUGUACCAAGCUACCUGGAAAUUCAUCUGGUCCAUUAGGAUAGAGCAUCUUGACUUCAAAGUAACAGGUGGGCUAUCUGUUCCCCAUUUCAACGUCUUCACGCUGCGGGUCAGCAGUAGCCCUAUCUGCGUGCCCCAUAUGCCACUCCAUCGCCCACCCAAGGGGUUUAUGCCCAUUCCCCAAAGUACCAUCGUGGAACGGCCCCAGAAUUGGGAUGAAGUCCACAAUCCAAGCAGCGAGAAACCAGAGAUCGAAAGGGAAACGCCCAACUUACCAUACAGAUUACCCCCACCAGUACCACCCCCCUACUCCCAAAAUAAAUAA